GAACGACUGGAUUUCUAGAAGAAUCAUGAUUGUGACAUAUGAAUAAUCAGUGACGUUUAAAAUGUAAGCAGCUGGGAUGACAUCAGAAGAGCUUUUCGGGUUACGAUCGCUUUACCUAAUUUUAUUGUAUAUUGGACGGAUGAUAAAGUCUGAAUUUGAGGAAAUUCCACUAUGUACGUUACAUUUCACGGUCGAUCAUUAUUUGGUCAUAAUUUAUGUUGACAGUUAGUCGAAUAUCUGUCUUGUAUAAUUCAUUCCUUCAAAUAUCAACUGGUGUUUCAGCAUGUAGGGGUAGCAUUUACUUUUCGAGGCACACAAAGCCGUCUCGAAAAGCUAGUGAGUUCAACGUUUAUCGUGAUGCUGCUGAAAUUGUCGAAACCUCAUUUGCUGGGGAAAAUUUUGAGGAGUCAGUGAGCGCACUGAGACACGCAAAGUUGGUCGAAAGGCGGAAGCACAAGUUUUUAGUGCUUAAAAAGAAGUAUUCUAAUAAUCCUGUAGAGUUGUCUGUACUAACAUGGAGGGCAAAGGAGCAGGUCAUGUUCUUGCUGGGUGGUGACGAAGGUAUGGACUUUGAACAAAUAUCCAAGUCAUUUCCAAUAACCUCACAAGGUGCUGAAAAGCUUUUUGGGAAUAAAUCGUCACCUAUUUUACAAAAGUCGGGGGAUAUCAGUUGGCUUUUAAAGCACGAUUCUCGCGUUAUUGAACGCUGGAAUCAUUUGCUUUCGUUCUUGAGCCGGAUUUAUCGUGGAGGGGAGGAUGUUUCGGAAUCUUCUGUUUUUGGCAUGAUACCUAAUGGUCUAGCGUGGUUAUGUACAAACGCGAAAAUGAAUCUUUUAAUGUAUGCAGACGGAAACCCUAAACUUCCUUUUCCGAAAAAACAUGAUAAGAUUGUGAAACAGGAUCAUUCAUAUGGUCAUUUUGAGAUGUAUGCUGCUAUGUUUAACAGUAUGCCUAAAGAUGAACUUUGUGAUAAGUAUACGCAACAUGUUCUCAAUCUUCGUAAAUUUGUCGAAACUUUUCAGAAAAUUAAAAAUUCUCCACCCCAAAAUGUCCCAUUUUCAGGUGACCAUCACUCUCCACGGCUUUACAAAUAUUUGUUAAGUUGUGCAACUGCUGUUAACUCAAAAUGUAAGAAUCAAAAAUCAAUUUCUCUUCCAAAUAAUGUAAAGCUCCGUGACUACUACACUAGUCUAAAAAUAAAAUAGUUUUUCUCGGGAUGGUGUUUGUUAAUGUCUUUCUGUCCAUCAAAUAAUGUUUACAUCACGAGUAAGUUCUGGGAUAGCUGACUUGCAUUCUGUUGCAGCAAUCUGAUGUAUUUGGUGAACACCAUCUACAUGACUUUGCAAAAGCGUGUGUGAUGUUCAUUUUUGUAACUGAUGCGUUAUUCUUUCUGGUAAAUCAGGUAAACGCGUGCGCAGAAAAAUAUGAGUUCUUUGACUCUUCUCAUUGUCCACGAUUAAGUGAUUGCUGCAAGCGACAUCCUUAUCAGUCUGUUGUGCUGUAUUUAAUAUUUGUUUAAUGCAUACAAAUGGUUCACUAGUUUUAGUUACUCAUAGGAAAAUCAGUAUUGAAUUUCAAAACUUGCUUGUCGCUUUCAUGAUAUUAUUAUUAUUUAAACAUAAACAUUGGUACAAUGGGGCACCAAAUAGACAUACACCAUGUAAGUCGUUCUAUUUGUGUGAGGUCUAAGAUAUUGCCCAGGUACCCAAAUCGAAGCAGUUGGUUUUCUUAGGGGCCACUCUGAGCCUUUGACUUAAAGGUCUGGUCGACAAGGCCGUGGAGCAACGCAAGGAGAUGCAGUUCCAUGGUGCACGGUUCAUACGCCAUUACUUUCCUUAGGAUCCUGGAGCCCAUCUACACCAUCUGUUUGGAGUCAGGGUUUUUCAUCUCCCCUAGGUAGAUCCUCCGCAUCCAUCAACCGGGUGAAACGCCGGACAUUCGGUUUUUACCCUCUCAAUUUUGUAAACACCGCUGCAAGAAGGCAGUGAGCAGGACUUCUCUGGCACUGGCUAUAAGCACGUGGCCAUGUGAAGGCAUUACGAGGGAAAUUUAUUUAUUUUAACACAUAGAUAUUGGUACAAGGAGGCACCAAAUACAUAUGCGCCACAAAAAUCUUAUUUGAUAUGUGUAAGGGCUGUGAUACUGCCCGGGUGCCCAAACAAAAGCAGAUGGUUUUCUUAGGGAUCCACGCACAGAGCCUUCGACUUGAAUGUCUGAUCCACAAGGCAGUGGAGCAUCGUAAGGAGAUGCAGUCCCAUGGAAGCCGGUGACCGACGAUUGGUUCAUACGCUAUUUGUUCCUUCAGGAUACUGGAGCCCAUGUGCACAUUGGUUUGGAAUCCGGUUAAAGCGAUGGACAUUCACUUUUCGUCCUCUCAUUUUCGUAAACAACACCCCUGCCACUAGAAGGCAGUGAGUAGGACUUCCUGGCAGAGGCUAUAUACGCGUGGCCAUGUGAGAGCAUUUCGAGAGGGGUGGCGGACUCUCCCCACUCUCGGCCGUACCAGGGCAUUUGGGGGCAAUCUUUGAUAUCAAAUCUCGCUGACGGUUUAGUUCAAUGGCGCCCACGGAAUCUGUCAUAACUAAUUAGAAACCCUAAUUUGGUGUUCUGACUUACUGAUUUUCUUUGGUUGUUUUUUUUACCAUCUCCACUAUCUUGAGAACCAAGCUUGACUAGUUAAUUUUCAGUUACUACCAUUUCCGUCAUUUCUCAAACAGUAGAAUGAUCAUAAGUGAUAUUCAUUUUGUCUCUAAUUUCCACACGUAGGUAGGUAGGUAUUAGAUCAAUUCACUGAAAAUGUGGCAUUUUUCGUCUGAUGAAAAUAUAGUAGAUUGAGUGAGUUUCCAACCUACAACACAUGUUAAAGAUGGGAUGCCUAAGACCCACUGUACUCAUCGCAUUCUUACAUAGGCUCGUACACAUCGGUCAAGUUCCCGGCUGAUUUAUAUUUUAAUUUAAUAGCUAUCGUUAAAAGCGUCUAGAGACAAACCUUCGGAACAUUUGCCUUUUUUAGUUCAGUUCUUUCAAAGCUUUUAUGAUAGUAAUAGUGAUAUAAUGUUAAUGCUUCACUCAAAGUAUUGGUUCAGUGCUCUAUUGAGUCGUUUAGAAAUUAAAAUUUUCUGUUCUUUUAAUAUUUCAAGCUACUCUCCUCAAGAGUAACGUACUUUUUCCAGAGGCAGUUCAGUUAAACGUUGCUGCUUAGAUACAUACAUGAGCAGUCCGAAAAGUCCUGAGAUAUCCAAAUAAUCAGUUGUGUCACUUAAAGAUUGGGUAAAUAGGAUCAUUGGUUUUAUGUUUGUUUCCAGGAUAAUUUAAUAAAGUUCAGUGCGCCUGACAGAAUUUUAGCAUUCCAUUCUUUUUCGCGGUUUCUGGAAUUCCACCUUGCAUCGUUUUCGAAGACUAUAUGUGAAGAUAAAUUUUAGUAAACUAAUGGCGUCAAUUUUCUUAUUAGUCAUAGAUAGAAAAGAGGAAAAGAUAACAGAAAUCAUGGAUUUAUAAAACCAGAUAAGUACAUGUGUACUCAAAUAAUUGUUUUUAAUCCCCAGACAACCUUACUGUUAGUGUGGUUCUUAGGGUCUGAUUAUACACAUCAACAGAGAAGCUAGCUAUGGUACAAGUUCUUUUCAAACCAUCUUCAGGCAUUAAGACUUCGAUAAAUGGCCAUCUAUAUCAAUAUAGCGCAAUUAAUUCCCGGUGGUAUAUAACUUCGGCCACCACAUUAAGGCAGCGGUUAUCUGUCUAGAGUAUUGAUCUGAACAUACUCUUUCUAAAUACGGGUUCAUGAACUGAAAAACGUUUCAAGUAUUUUUUUUCUAAAAAGUCCCACAGUUCUAGUUUUUUCGGUGCUGGCAGUGACAGUAUAAAAGCCUAAUUGUUGCUGAAAUUCGUUUUCUUGUAUCUACCUACCAUAAAACCGUAUUCAUCACAAAAUUCCACUGGUCCCUAAACAUCUUCGGACUUCGUAUGAUUGUCUACAUAUUUCUUCACCUCAGCUGAUGCAAAUAAAAAAAAUGCAGUUUGCCAGUGUUUCAAUUUCAGGCAAGAUGGCAGAUAGUUAUUAGUAAAAGCCUGUUCCGCAUUUUAUAUAGCUUUGACAGUACUUUUUUAAACUCAGCUCAACAGUUCGUAGUUUGCUAAGACAUACUAAGGUACGUUACACAGGACUGAUGUAUGUCGAAAGCCUUCAUUGAAUAUUCUGCCUAACGUUAGCAGCUGAGAUAGUUUGAAAUUACUUUUAAGGAUUGGUUUUAAAUGCUAUCGUCGUUAGAGGUCAUUAAGAAUGGUACAGCAUCUGUGAUUGGGAAUAAUGGCCAGAUUUUCGAUUCAUCGGGUAAAUUUAGCCUUAUAAAUGAUACUGAUUGAUGGGACUGCUGGUUACACGCAGUCAGUGAUUGGAGAUUUCAUAAAUAUAUGGAAUGAACUGUUUCCACGAUUAUAUUUUCUUUCAUCACUUAUCUUAGUUGAAAGUUAAAGAUGUGAAUAAUUUUUGCGGUAAUUUCGCAACCAUUCUGAUAUAUGUAGUCAUCAAAAUAUAUUCAGUGGUUUUUCUGUUCUUGACUUCUCAAGAAUUGAGAUCCCGAAAAAGCUGGUCGAAUUUCGUUUUAUAACGAAGAAAGUGUCACUUUACCAUAAGAAGGUUACUAGAAUACAAUUAUCGGCGAUUUUGUAGCACCUAUUGUGUGUAUCUAAAAAAUCAAUGUUGAUGUCAUAAUAGGAUUUCACCUGAAGACGGCAAAUCAGUAGAUGAAGCUAGAUGUGAGUUUAUUACCUCACAAUCGAGUUCUAAGUGCUUCAAACUUUUGUACUCAGCCAUUAAGUGAAAACGAAGUCCGUUUAAUGUCUAAAAUACAAAGUACAUAUCUCGCAUAUAUUAUGUGUCUAGAUUCUUUUAUGGUCAAUGAGGUCAUUUUAGUUUCCUUAUAAAUUUUAUUAUAACUAUUUACCAAUAAAAAUAGAUGGUACAUCAAAUAUUUCAGGAGAAAGGCAUAAUCUAAUCUCUAGAUGAAUUCUAUUCUCACACUCUUAAUUACGUCUUAUUUUAUUGCGCCUUCAAACAAUAGAGAGAAUUUAGUUAUAAUGUGAAUUAUUUAAACCGAACUAUCAUACUGAUGUAAACGAUCUGGAUCUUCGAUCUCCAGGAUCUACUUAAUCUUGAACAUGAGGGAUAUUUACACAGCUUCGCCUGGGCUUCCUCAGGAUUUAUCAUGUAAACAAUUCGUAUUAAAAAAUGAAUCCCAAAAAUUACCGGCUAUUCAGGAAGAUUCAGAAGCAUGUUUACCUCCAAUUGCUACAUUUAGCCAUCAUCGACAAAACCGUACUGGUCCUUGUUCCUCCUACGUUGGUAAGUCAGUGAAAUCGGUUGGUCGGAAGCAUCAAAAGCAAUCAAGAUCUAGACGUGCUGAGAAUAAACUUUACUGCAAUUGGCCACAAUGUCCGCGAUUCCUUCUAAAGCAGCCUUUUAAACAAAUGACUCAUUUGAAACGUCAUUUACUUUUACAUAAAAAUCAUUUAAAUCUAUCGUGUUCACAGUGUGGAAAACGCUUUAGUUCGAAAGAAAAUCUUAAAAGGCAUACAAAUGUACAUUCAGGUUUAAAACCAUAUAUGUGUUCAAUUUGUCAUCAAGCGUACUCUAGAACAUCAGAAAGAUCCAGGUGUAUGAAGAAGCAUCAUUUUGAAGAUAAAUAUUUAUCUGAACAGGAUAAACAAUGUUUGUAUAAAGAUGUUUAUGAUGAUUGGAAUUCUUCUGGUUUAUCUGCUUUACAAAUCGAAGAUAAAAUUAAUCAAUCUCGUCCAAGACCAUAUAUCUGUCAAAUAUGUAAUGAUCAUAGAGCAUAUACAGAUCCAAGUUCACUUAGAAAACAUAUGCGCUCUUAUCAUGCACACUUGAAAAAUGAAAAAUCUAUAACUAAUAAUGAUUCUACCAAUGAAUCUGUUAUGUCUAAAUCAAAAUUAUCUAAAACUCUUUCAUGUGAAGAACCUAUAAGUCUUGUACUCGCUAAUUCAACCACUGAUAUAGACGCAGUUGAUCCAUCUCAUUUGUCAUUUGAUAAUUCAUUCACUCCAGAAUCUAAAUCAUUAAUAAUUACAAGUGAAUCAGUUUGUCCUAUGAUUAUUACUCCAUAUAAUGUUUUAACAACGUCUAUGACAUCAUCAGAAAUACCUGUUACUACUAACGUUAUGAUUUCUUUUAAUAAUAAUAAUAAUAAUAAUAAUAGUAAUAAUGUUAUCACGAAAUCAAAUAUUUCAACAAAUAUUGUUACUACACCUAAGUAUCAUUUAUUAUUAACGUCAGAUUCUGUUGUAUCUUCAACAAUGAUGACGGUGAUUUCAAUGACAUCAACCACUACCACUAGUACUGCUACUACUACAUUAAGAAAUGAAUAUGAUAGCGAUGUUGCUGUGGAUUUAUGUAAUUCAGCUUUAUGCCUACAAGUUUAUUCCGAUAAAACAUAUACCCCUGUAUCUUCGUCAGAAUUAGGAAAAGUUGAUUCAUUAACUCUACCUUUAUCAACAGUGAAUUCAUCUAACAGCAUUAUACCACAAUAUAUUACAGAAACUAAUCGAAUUAUUGACAAUGGUCUUUCAUCUAAAAAUUUAUUUUAUUCAAAUUCUGGUCUUGAUCUUACUGAUACACAUUAUUUUACAUUGACAGGGGCUACUGAAGCGAUAGAUUUAUCACUUGAUCCCUCUGUAGAUAUAAUAACUGUAAAUCCAAUUGAUUUAAGUUCCUCACAACAUUGUACAACAUUGUUUUUUGAAUCGUCAAAUGAAUGUACCGAUAAUACAUUCUUUACAACACAUACAAUAUGGGAUCCUGAACCAGGUUUCAGUUUUACCGACCUCUUACUUACUAAUAAUGAUGAAGAAUGCGAAACGGAAUUCCCUGAAGUUAUAAUUUACCCUGAAAAUGCUAUUUAUCGUUCAAACGAAACGUUAACUUCUUUUACUACAACUAGCCACAAUGAUACUACUAACAAGACCGUAAUCAGUAGUGAACUGAAAAUACCAGAUACACAUAUCUCAUCAAUGAAUAACUGUUAUAUUCCAUCAGAUACACUAACGACGACAAUAGAAACAACCUUAACUGGAGGAGUCGGUGGAGAAGGAGGUUAUAACAUACAACCACCACCUUUAGACUUACGCUUAAUACAGUCCAAUAAUUUUUAUUCAUAAAAAUUAUCUUUUGUUUUAGAAGAAAAUGUACAUUAUCUCUUGUGAAUAUUGUUCAUAUUUGCAUACACUCUAGUAUUUCUUUUUAUCUUCCCCAUUUUAUCUAUUCAUUUCACAGCGUUUUGUCUUCAAAAUGUAGUCUAUUCAUAAGUCAUAUUGUAUAUAUGCUAACAGAUUUCUAUUAUUUUCUUUCCUGGUAUAAAUAUAUACUUUCUUCGGAAAGUGUGUUAGGUCUUUUUUGACACUUAAAUAGGAAUUUUGUACUGUUUAUGUAUGUAGAUAGAAUUGAUUGAAUGCUUCUUGUUCUGAAAUCUUUUUGGUAAUGUUUGUGUAUGUGUGUGACUUCCCUGUUACUCACUACUUAUAGGUUUUAGUAUUCGGCUGUGAGUCACAUUCUGUUUUUGUGUGAACGUUGGUACUACCAUUUAGCUCCCCAUACUAAAGUAGAUGUAGGGAGGUUUGACUAUGUAACGCUAGCAUUUUAUUCACUCAAUCAACGCUCUACUGAUCGUUUGUAUGGCCAAAUUGUUUCAUGACUGGAUUGUAUCCCUGCAGUCAAAUUUAAGAUUAUAUAAUGAUAUUAUUCGUUAGUUUUUGUAUAGAAUCUAAUCUGACAGAUUACAUAUGCUAUUUAUUGCAUAAUAAUACAUCUGUUAAUUUUUUUUUCUAAACGUGAGAUACGUCACCUUAUUUUAGAGUAAUCAGAAUAUUUUACUGAUUGUUUCUAAGGAAUUAACUCCUGGUAGAUUGUACUAUUUGUGAGUUCAUACAUAAUCUAACGAAGUGCAACACUUAAUUUAGUCAUUUAUGCGAGCGCAUAAAAAUCUGGUUACAGCAUAGCACCAAAGAAAUGUAAUGCGCCACAUAAAGCAAGAAUAACUUUGUGAGGAAAAUAGAGGACUUUAGAAGAGAAGAAAAGAGUUCAUAAACAAAAUAAUUUACAAGAGCAGUGUGUAAUGGAAUAAACAGUUUAGUUAAAAAUAUAAAUGAUACAGCUUAGAAUUCUUUCGUUUAAAGGAGUUCCCCACACAUUUUUGAAGAAUGCAAAAUAGCGUCACUAUUGGUUCUUUUUUUGAGCUGUGUGUGGUAACGUCUUGAUUUACUGUGUUGCAUCAUCUGAACUCCGACCAGAGAGUCAUAUUGCAGUAUUUCCAUAGCAUGACGCCAUGUCAUAGAUUAACCGUCUCUUGCUUUUGGGGAUCACUCUAAUUAAACGCAGAGAGCCGCUUGAGAUCUUCAAAUUGGAGAGGUUAGGUUUCAAGAGCACAGUGUAGAAUCGCUCUCACCGAUACGUUGUAAACCCAAAUCUUUACAGCUAGAAUAGCAUCAUGAAAGCUAUAUUUGUACAAGGCACUCUGACUUCCGCUAUUUGUAUACUGAUUUCAUUAGUCAGAUCACCAACACUCACACAACUACACAAAUUCAUGAACUUUCAGGCUUCUAACAGUAUAUUUCCAACAGUGAUUGCAGCCUCAGCUUACUGUUAGCCUUGAAAAAUACUUAACACCUCGAGGAUACAAAGCACCUACCAUACUUACUCAUACUGUGGUGAUAUAUAUAGGUACACAGAAAAGAUAGACUGCUAAAUCUACCAGGAAUAAGUAGUGCUAGAUUCUUAAAGUUUUCAAUUAAAUGUUGAAAAUAAUUUCUAAGGAGGGAAGGGAUAUCACUAGUUAACUGAUCUUCAACAGUAAGUGUGAAUUGCAUACUUUUAGUUUGACUGGCUAAACUAAUUAUGUGUUAGAUGAGAGUUUAACUUGAGACCGGAUUUCUGAUAUAUCAUCUCUUCUUAACAAUAAGCUACUCGGAUACUAUUGUAUCGACAGGUGUCUUAUAUUCAUAUUUAUUAAUAUAAGAUUAUAAUAAAAUAGUUGAUGUAAAAAAAAUAAGAUUUUUAAAACGUUUGGCCUCAUUUUUGUAGUUUAUUUUGUGUAGUUUAAAUGUUUGACCUCUUGAAAACCCGAAUUCUAUUUAAUUGGUUGUUAUUUUAUAGAUAUGAUUUAUGGCCUGUAAAUAAAACUGAACACAGAAUGAACUUGAUCUAGAUAACAUGACUAGAUCUAUUUUGAUUGCAUUAAAUAUUCUGCUUUUUUCUCUGUACUUUGUAAACUUGUGUUAAAUUAAUCUGGUUAUUGAUUUGUAUAUUCUCUGAAGAAGUGACCUACACUAAGUUGCAAAACGUCAUUAAUUCAAUUUCCUACUAAUAUGGAUAUUAAAAUCAUCUAUUAUUUUAUUGUCAUAAAUGGUACACUCAAUGUCCAAUUUAUCUAAAAAUAUGAAGUCAAUACUUGGUCAUAAACGAUAUGCACCAACUGUAUCGAUGUUGUUAAGUAACUUUAUUUGCACUUCUAUUUUUUGCCUCAAUGAUUUUUUUGUAAAACUAUCAAUAACUGAAUAAAUGUUUACUUUUGUGAAUAUAUUCUACUUUUUAUCUGAAUGCAGAACUUGUAUUUUCAUUGCCUUUUUACUCGACGAGAAAUAAUCUUCAGUAUCAUAGUGCUUAGUAAGAGCCAAAACCUUACAAAUAUAUAUCACGCUUAAAUAUCUUAUGUACACCCUAGGAUAUCUUUAUAAAUCUAGUAUUUGAAAUAAAUGUAUAACAUGUUAAAGGUUUUCUAGUUAGUAAUUGAUUCUAUUUUCAGAUCUUGUUUCUUGUCUUGUACGUAUGUAGUUAUUAACCGUAUACUUGGUUAACAUAUGAUUAUGUUUAAAAAUAAGUAACAUACAAAUUUCAGUAAAAUUGGAUCGGUGAUAGCAGACGAACAAAGUUAUUUUCUAUCUAGACACAGUAGAUCAGUAUAUAAUACAUUAGUAUUUGUAGUGAAAGAUAUUGUGCUUGAGUCUCUGUGUGAACAUCAACACUAGGCUCAUGGUAUAACCAUCUAAAGACACUGGGAUAGGGUGAGAAAAACGAAAAGGUGAUCAGUCUAUGAUAUUGAACUGUAGUAUCCACCGUAUGCAUUUGUAUAACUUGUGAUCAAAGGUGCUAUCAAGACAAUCCCAUUAAGUUACAGAUUUGCUUAUCGAUACUGAUCAAGUGGCGUUCUUAAUAUGUAGCUGGCAUACUUUUCAUAAAAGAUUGAUCAAUCUAUGUUGGUAUAGUCCAUUUUUACAGACAAACUAAUAAUUUUGUUUACUUAUUAAUUUAUUUUAUGUAUAUAUAUUCAUAGUUGGUCGGCAAAUUAUUUGACUGUCAGAUCAAUAGUGCUAAAAUUAAUUACGAUUACAGUUUGCUUUUCUUGAAUGCAAAAAACAUUACAUUCAUACUCCAUACGGAAUAAUUAAAAAAACUAAAUGUGCAUGGUUUCACAUUUGUUUAUUCAAUAGAACAUUGAAGUGAAAAGUUGAUCUUGUUCACAAAUAUAUCUGUGGUAAUCUAACCAUAUGCAAAGGGAUUUCUUUUGUACAUAAAACAGUCGGUUUUCAUAAGAUGAUAUCUCUACAAAGCAUAACACUGUUUAGCAUAUAUUUUGUUCAAUACAUAACCAAAGGUAUUUCUUCACCUGAUCAGAUCAAUGUUUAAAUGUAAUCGAGUAAACAAUCAUUGUUCCUCACAUACUGACCUUGUGUUGGUAAGUGGUUUAUGGGUAUCGAUCCAAUUCAGUGGGAAUAUAAUCUGAAAAUACGAUUCUGUUGUUUGUCAGUCUGACUAAAACUAUUUUUUCAUUGGUUUAGGUUCUAUGAAUUUGUUAAGUUAAAUAAUCAAAUAACCCUCCCUAGUGAUUAACUUCAAGGUAGAUUUCCGAAACACCAGGCAGAUCCAGUGUACAGUAUUGUUCGAAAAUAUCAAGGAUGAGACUGUUAUUAGUUACGAACGUACUUUACUCACUGAUUCACUUAACUUUACAAAGGGAACCAUUGUAAACAACAUGUAUGCCAUGAGAUUUAGACAUCCUGAUUUGAAUCUUGUGUUGGGUUCUAGGUAUACGCAGUGGUUGUACAUAGUAUCAAACUAGAAUGUAACAGUUGUGUUCAGUGCAUUUUAGUUUCUAACAGUUCUUCAACGGAUAAUAUAAUUCAAUAUAACCCAGUUACUUAGACUCAACUUUAUAAGGUUUUAACACAUUAAAUAACACCAAGUCAUAUAAUUUGUUUUCUCUUUGUGUAAAAAACAACUUAGUCAAAUCAACCAUUCAAAUCAGAUUCACAAACGCGUCAUAUGGAAUGUGUCAAUCUAACUCCUUUUGGUGAAUUCCUAGUAUGGACUGCGGAAGCUGUUAUUUGGUUACGUCGUAAUUAUCGAAUUAUUGGUCGUGCUUCAUUACCAUUGGAUUUAUUCAAAGGAUGUUAUCAUAAUAAAUCAAAAAAACCAGAUCGAUUACCUGUACGAUUAAGUUUUGAAGAAGUUGCUUUAUUAUUAUCUAAAGGUUUUAUUCAUGGUAUUUUAUGUAGUAGACCAGUAAUUUCUGUUGCUGAACCAUCAAAAGAAACAAUUGAAGCAUAUCAUGAUGCAUUAAUGAAGAAUGCAGAAGAAAUGGUCAAUAUAUUUAAAACUCAAAAACGAUUAAAAUCAGUUGGUUACUAUGGUCAGCUAUUGAAUGGUUUAAAGUUACGUCAACAACGCCAAGCCAGAUCCAAGUUAUUCAAUCACAAUGAUUCAUCAUCAGUUAAUACAGUUGACGAUAAUGGGUGUUCAAAAAACUAUGACACAAAUAAUUUAAAUUCAUCUUUACAGAUAUCAACUAGAAAACGACGCCGCCAACGACGUUUACUUCAGAAACAAUUGAAAAAACAAAUGUUUACGAAUGACUCUGGUAGUGUUGGUAAUGACGAUGAUCAUUGCAAUAUUUAUGACAGCAGUGAUCAAGACGUUUUUGAACUCUCUGAUUCACUUAUCACUUUGGAUAACCUAAUUUCUGAACAUUCUAAUACACGUCAAGGAACAUCGAGAUUGUCUGUGAUAUCAAGUGAAAACAUUAAGGAAUCUUUGCCGUACAUUCCACAACAUUUACCACGUCCUACACCUAUUGAAUGGAGACGUCCUGACGAAUAUGUGUUUGUUAGUUUGCCAGAAAGUGUAUUUUCUGAGGGACUUUAUUCAAUUGUCACUUGGCUAAUCCAAUUGAUACAAGAGAAAUGUAAAACAACAAAUUUUUCUAAUCAGCAUACUGAUGAUCAAAAUAACAUUAGUAGCACACAAGAUAUGUAUAUUCAACGUUUACAAUCUUGUUUGAUUUAUAUGGAUUUAUGGAAUAAAGGUUAUUAUAUUAGUACAUCCACUGUAAAAAUGGGUGGUGAUCUCCUGGUUUAUCAAGGUGAUCCACUUUUGUAUCAUGGUAGUCAUAUUAUUACAAUUUGUAAUCCAACAGAUCCAUUUUGCAAUUCACAAUUAUUAGCUAAACUACGUAUUGCGAGUGGUUUGAAAAAAAUACUUGUUCUAGCUACAGUUAGUAAUAUUGAAAUGUUUACUAGAAAAUUUACAGUUCAAAGAAUAAAACAUUGUGAAAUUAAGAAUGAUAAUGACGAUGAAGAUAAUGAUGGUAGUGUUGUAGAUCCCCCAGUUAUUGUCAGUGAACACUCGAAAUUAUCUGUACAAUCAAAAGAAAUUACGUCCAAUGACAGUACCCAUAGUAACUGUAAUAGUAGCACUAAUAAAAUACAGCCUAAUGUAAUUUACUUAUCCCUUCAGUAUAUGUCUUCACACUCUAGUAAUCCAACAUUUUCAAAAUCAUUAUGAUGUAUAAUAAAAAUUGUUUUUUUCCUUUCUUUCUAUUGUUCAGUAUAUUUUUUGUAAAUGAGAAUGAUUAAAGGAAGACAAAUACAUAUUUUCGUAAAAUGUUCUGUUCUUUUAAUUUAUUUUUUUUGUGUGUCAUGCUUGGAUGACAUUUUAAUUUGUGCUUCAUGUAUUUAGAAUAUCUAGUUGAAUACUCUCAAAAACGUACAUUCAGAAAAUUAUAUCUAUCUGUAAUUGCAUCGUGAUUGUAGUUCGAUGUUACUUAUUUACCAAGUUCUUGUUGAUGUAUUUGGCUUUUAAGGAUACAUUUUAUGGAGGCUAGUGGUUCUACUUGCCGAUGGUCCAAACCGAAGUAGAUGAAAUGGACCUGCCAGUUGAAGACUGAGUGCUGCAGUCGCUAAACUACCACUUCAAUACGCGGUAAUUACAAUCGUCCAUAAAAUAUGUUUGAUAUAGGAUGACUAACUAUAUUGAAAACCAAUAAGAAACUUCCUAUUCACAAGCUGUUAAUAAUCGAUCACAAAUGUGUCGGAAACAGCUCACGUAUGUCAGGACCAGCAAGUGAGUAGUCCUGAGGUUGGAGUGGGGUUAUAGUUCCCAAUAAACAUAGUAAUUUGUCUGAUGAGAUUGUGAAAUUUUAUCGACUGAGUUUAGGGAAAUAUAUGUAGUUCAUACCUGGCCAAAAGCUAUUCUGACUUGCUGUUCUGGUGAGCAUAUGUUUGGUUUUGAGGAAUGCUAGAAUGGGACAUCAUAUCAAAUCAAUAACUACAGAACUGAUCCUUGUUGGAAACUAUAAGUUCAUUAUAGUCAUAAUUUGUUGUUGGAUACCAUUG